UCGCGUCGUGACCACGUGAACGGCCUACGGUGGAAGUUCACGAAGUUCGACUAGGCUAUCCGCGAUAUGGCACAGUCAGCUGCCUAAAGUCCGGUUGGCCAGUCGUAGCCAGCAAAGCUUUCUCCACAAGGUAGACGCGUGUAACAACCAAACACCACCAUGGCGGACGAUGAGAGGAAGCGCAUCGAGGAUGAAAAGAAGAGGAAACAGGCGGAGACCGAGAGGAAAAGGGCGGAGGUCCGCGCCCGCCUCGAAGAGGCUUCCAAAGCCAAGAAGGCGAAGAAGGGUUUCAUGACCCCCGACAGGAAGAAAAAACUUAGGUUGUUGUUGCGUAAGAAAGCCGCCGAGGAAUUGAAGAAGGAACAGGAAAGAAAAGCGGCCGAGAGGAGGCGCAUAAUCGAGGAACGUUGCGGAAAACCGAAGAACGUCGACGAUGCCAACGAAGAGACCAUAAAGCGCGUGCUGCGCGAGUACCACAAUAGGAUCACGGCAUUGGAGGAUAAAAAAUUUGACGUCGAGUAUAUUGUUAAGAAGAAGGAUUUCGAGAUCGCAGACUUGAACAGCCAGGUCAACGAUCUCCGAGGUAAAUUCAUGAAACCGACCCUGAAGAAGGUGUCCAAGUACGAGAACAAGUUCGCCAAGCUCCAGAAGAAAGCCGCCGAGUUUAAUUUCCGUAAUCAGCUGAAGCAAGUCAAGAAGAAGGAAUUCACCUUGGAGGAAGAAGACAAGGAGCCCAAGAAGUCCGAGAAGGCAGAGUGGCAGACCAAGAAGUAGAUUUAAUAUAAGAAAGCAAAACCCGUUUGAGUGCGAAAUCUCAAUAAAAUGCAGAUUAUUAUUACGAUUAAAAAAAGGAAUCGAAAACAAACGACAAAAUCUAAUUUCUUUACAUACACGCAUACACAUACACACAUAUGACAUGCACACAUGUGAAGAGACACACUAACACGAUCGCUAUAUUUUUACAAUCAACUUGACACGCGCGCGUGAAAAUGAACCGCGAAAAAACGUGUACAGAAGAGAAAAAAAAAACAAAUAUACACAUAAAACACUUUUGAUAUCGUUUCCAUCGACGUCUCAUGUGUUCACCAGCGUGUUUUCGGCAUCACGUUCGUUUGAAUUGUUGGCAAACCAGUUCGUUAGCGCCGCGGAACAAAUUAACGAGUGAAGACUGAAAAUUGCGCGAACAAUUAUCCUAGAAGUUAUAGUUGAAAUUUGAUUAAUAUUUCUCUUCCGAACUAGACGGUCAAAACGAUGCAAUGUAGAAAGGAUCUGAUUCUGCGUAAAUAUAUUCACGUACAAUAA